CGAGCCUGAAGGUGGCGCUACUGAUCGGUAACCAGGACUACGAGGGUCUGGGGCGUCUGCACAACCCGGCGACGGACGUGGAGACGCUCGCUCGCUGCCUCGCCUCCCUCAGCUUCCGCGUGAUCGCCCUCGUUAACCUCACGCACGCAGAGAUGAACAACGCUCUUAACGAGUUCUGCUCCAUGCUGCACGAGGGCGCGUAUGGUGUCUUCUACUACGCCGGCCACGGCUUCAAGAAGGACGAGCUGUCGUACAUGGUUCCCUUGGAAACGCCUCACAGCGCGGGCGAUGAUGGCGGGGUCGCAGGGUUCAGCUGCGAUGACUGCCUGUGCGUGCAGAGGGCGCUAGCGUGCAUGCAGGAGACGGGCGCGGCGCUUAACCUGCUCAUACUGGACAUGUGUCGCGCGGAGAGCAGGUAG